AUGUCCUUCGCUCCCUCUCUCUCUGCUCCGGAGCACUCCCCUCUCUCUACGGAGUACGUGGAGAACCAUCAAAGUCCCCCAAUUGUGCCAUUGACCCUCGAACAGCAUCACAGAGCGACAAUGGAGAAAGCCAAUCUGAAGCCAGACGAUUCGGGUCCAGGAGAAACGCGCAACAACAAGCCUCUCCCCACCUUGGGCGGCUACGGGCAGAACCUAUCGGUCCCCCGCCGCUGCCGAGUUGGGGGUCUUGGUACUGGAGGCACAGGACAGGACCAUUUGACUGGACCCAAUGAUGGUUUCUGUCAGAUCGCUGCGCGCUUGAAGAAAGAGGGACGCUGGAGCUGA